UGGCCCUUGCCCGCCGGAGGGGUUUCCCUCAGGCUUUGCAGCUCGCGGGUGACAUUGGAGGGCAUCAACAAGCCCGUCAUAGACCGCAUCAUCCGAGUGGACCAUGCCGGGGAGUACGGGGCAAACCGCAUUUAUGCGGGACAAAUGGCCAUCUUGGGUAGAUCAAGCGUGGGACCGAUUAUCCAGCAAAUGUGGAAUCAAGAAAAAGACCACCUGAAAAAGUUCAAUGAACUAAUGGUUGCAUACAGAGUUCGACCUACUGUUUUAUUGCCUUUUUGGAAUGUAGCAGGUUUUGUUUUAGGGGCUGGAAGUGCUUUACUUGGAAAGAAAGGUGCAAUGGCUUGCACAGUGGCAGUGGAAGAGAGUAUAUCGGAUCACUACAAUAGUCAGAUCCGAACUCUUAUGGAAGAAGAUCCAGAAAAGUACAAAGAACUAUUGCAGAUAAUAAAGCAAUUUCGGGAUGAUGAACGGGAGCACCAUGACAUUGGGCUUGAGCAUGAUGCAGAAGCAGCACCAGCUUACUCAGUUUUGAAGACAGCUAUACAACUUGGAUGCAAAGCUGCAAUAUUUUUAUCAGAAAGAAUUUAGUGAUAUUUUCCAUAACAUUUGUGGCAAUAAACUGUGACACAAAAGUGUAUGGAAAUUGCGGAAGACUAAUAGUUAUUUUACUCAGCCUUUUAAAAUUUUCUUCACGAAGCAUCUGAUUCAGCCAUCCUUUGUCACAUUGAGUACCUGUUCAAAAAGUCUGUAUUAAAGUCAGUUGAGCUAAAUGUGACUAAAGAUGGCAGAAUUGGGUUUGUAAGAGCUAAACCUCCUUAUUCAGAGACUGUUCACAAGGUGGCAGCAAAAUAUGUAUGUAUAUAGAUGAUUUAUGUAUAUAAUAUGUGUCUGUACGUAUACACACAUAAAAAUGAUAAAUACAUUCUCUUUUGUCUUCAAAUUUAUGUGUACUUGAAAUAAGCUGGAGCUCAUCAGCUCAUUUUAAAAUGGUUAAUACUGGCAAAGUAGGAUAUUUUUGACUUCUAUUUUCAGGGUAAGUAAAUGAAGUACUAGUAAGUAUUUCUUUUCAGUCUGUCUUGAAUAAAGAUUGGUAUUAUAAGA